GACUGAAUGGGUUAGUUGAUCAACUUUGACAAUUAACUUAUAAACAGAGAAUAAGAAGACAUGUACACUGAAGUCAAAAAAAAAGAAAAAAAGAAAAAGAAAGGGAUUAAAUAUCCCAAACCAUGACUGUUAAUUACUAUAAAGGCAAUGCUCUGUAGCAUUAACAAACUGCUGAGAGAUAAUUGGAGAGAUCAAAUAAUAGAAGGUAAAAUAUGGCCUCAAAGGGUAGUGCUGUACCAGUAAUUGACAUGCAAGAUCUAUCAGGGCUGCCUGAAAGAUUAGUGAAGGCUUGUGAAGAAUGGGGAUGCUUUAGGAUUGUAAACCAUGGCGUUCCAAUGGAACUCAUGUCCGAAAUGAAGUGCGUUUCACGUUCUCUCCUUGACCUCCCCAUGGAAAUCAAGAUGAGAAACUCUCAUCCUGAGCAUGGCAAAGGAUACACCCCUCCUAAUAUGGCAAGUCCAUAUUUUGAGGGUUUGAGUUUAUACGAUAUGGCCUUGCCUGGAGCGGUCGAUGAGUUCUGUUCUCAAGUUGGUGCAUCUUCUCAUCAAAGAGAGAUAAUAGAGAAGUAUGGUUUUGCUGUGUAUGAUCUUGCACAAAACCUAGGCAGCAAAUUGAUGGAAGGUUUAGGGUUGGGUCGUCAUGAGUUGUUCAACCAAUGGCCAUGCCAACUGAAAAUGAACAAAUACAGUUACAGUCAUGAAACUGUCGGAUUGACAGGUGCUGUAAUGCAUACAGACCCUGGAUUUCUCACAUUACUGCAGGAUGAUGAGACAAUUAAUGGCCUGGAGGCAGUGGACGAGUACACUGGGGAACUGGUUUCAGUUGAUCCCAUACCAGGGACCCUGGUUGUCAAUGUUGGAGAUAUGGCUAAAGUUUGGAGCAACGGGAGGUUUUGCAAUGUGAAGCACAGAGUCCAGUGCUACGAGCCAAAAAUCCGCACCUCAAUUGCAUUGUUUGUAUUGGCUCCAAGGGAUGAAAAUGUGGAGGCAUCGCCACAGCUGGUGGACAUCCACCACCCUCGUCUCUACGUUCCUUUCCAUUUUGAAGAUUACAGAAAGCUACGAACUACCACAAAAUCACCAACUGGUGCAGCCCUUGAGUUGCUUCGCACAAAAAAUUAGAGCCAAAUAUGGAGAAAAAGGAUGCUUUAUAUUUAAUUUUGUUCAUUCGUAUUUGUUCCUUAGCACGAAGGAGUACCGGUUUUUAUCAUGUACCAUGUUUACAAUAUAUUUUAUACAAUAUUACACUUUUUCAGUAAUAAAAUAAUGUAUUAAUUUAGCCCAAA